AUGAGACCAUACAAGCGGGAUACAUUCGAUUACACCAAAGUUUUGAACGUGAUUGUCGAUAUGAAACCCGCCGAUGUUCACGCUGGACCUGUAGCAAAACAAACAAAGGUAUGUCGGUUUUAUAAAAUGAGUUCAAUCUUUUUUUAGAAACAGAACCUGCCUGCAAAGAUGGAAGAUAUAUUUUGCGUGAUUUGUUUGGAUGAAAUCACUAACACACCUCACAUCCGAUGCACUGAAUGUACAUCUACAAUAUUAUUAUGUGUGAAUUGCUUCAGAUUAGGUGGGGAAUGUGGUACACAUCAUCGAGGACAUAACUAUCAGAUAAUGCAUGAUGCUGGACCGUCUGUAUUUACUUAUAAUGAGGAAGAAGGAGAUAGUUGGGGAGUUUUGGAAGACCUGAAGCUAUUGGAAUUGAUGCAGCACAAUAAAAUACACGAAUGGCAGGUCUUUAGUUAUAUAAUUUAACAUUUAGGUACAAAAUUCCUAUCUUUAUGUAAAGUUAAAGUCGUGAUUUUUUAUUUUUGAUUUAAUUUGCAUUUUCAAGGUAGUAACUUUAAUUGCUUUGAUUUUAGGCCUCAAGUUGAUGCAGAUCUCUUUAACAAGAACCGAACAGUUCAGGAAGCCAAGAAACACUUUGACAAUUGUUUUUUAAACUCUGUUUUUGGUCAUCUGGCUUUGAGUAAAGCAAAAGCGUAAGUUUUCCUAUUUUUUGCAAUUUUAUUAAAAUUUUAGGGCAAAAGUCCACGUACCUGGUUUGGUUGGUGCUGACAGUUAUUCCGGAGAAUUCUUUAGGCCAUCAACAAAGGCAGAAUUGAGGAACGGUAAGCUUAAUUAGUAUAAAAUGUUUGAAUUUUUGCAUAAAAACCAAUGGCACUUUGACAAAUAAGCCUUUAGAACUCCUGAGGAUGAUUCCUUACAACUUCAACAAGUUCGACAAGGAAAAAGUGAAAAUCGUACCGAAAUCGCUAAAAAGCAUCCUUACUAACAACAGGAAUGUGGAUAACUUGAUCUGCGAGUUUAGUACAAUCCACAUCGACCACAAUCCUUCAAAGAAAAAUGAUGUAGAUGAUUGUUACCUAAAAGAUCCGAUGACCAAGCUGAAUGAAGUCGAAAAUAUGUUUGACGUAGGUUUAUUUCACAGAAAUGAGUAUUUCAUUUUUAUUCUUAUAAUCGUAGCGUUUACAGAUGGAUGAUGAGGUUCCAGUUAUCAAACCCGUGUCUCCGAAAAGAGAACGAAAGGUAUCGUCACCAAGAAAGACAUCAAACAGCUCGGUGGCUGAGCCCAGCGACCGUGGAUCAGAUGCGGAGGAUGAGGAAGACUCAGGAGACAUAAGAUACAAGUUCAGGAGAAGGGAAUCGCCUCAGAAUGUGAGAAAAUUAAAACGGAAGCUCUCCAUAAUAAAAGAAGCAAAGGUAAUAUUGACACUUAGCUUGCCAUUUGUAUAGUAACUUGUGUAUUCAAUGGGAAAUUUUAAGACAGAACCACAACUUUUACGGAAACGACAACCCAAAAAGCAAGACAGAUUGUCGAUUUCUCCACGAAAGCCAAAAUCAGCCAUCAGAAUCGGAAGUCGAGGAAGGACACGGCUGGAAAAACCUCCAGUGUUAUCACCUCAGCUUAAACCUGAAGUUCAAGAUACACCACAAGGACGAAGAAUUCCGAGUAAGUUAUUGUAAUUAGAUGUUAAUGCUGGUUUAGAGAAAAGACCAGAACAUAAAACAAGGUCGACCUUCACUGUCAGCGAAAUCGUCAAACAUCGCAUGGCAUAUCCUCAUCUACAUUUUUUUACAAACGACGCUCCGCCAUUAAACAAGCUCCAGAUUAAAGGAUUCGAUGCCGAAGACUUGAACUUGGUAGCAUACAAUCCACGGAGAGAUGAUUUUGAACAUGUAAGUUCGUAAUGUAAGGUAAUAUGUUUUUUGUUUAGGAAUACCGAAAUAACGCUGAAGAUUUCAUUUGCAAGAUAUUCUUGAACGGUGAACAGUUCCACGAAACACAAGUUGAUCAACUGAAGAACGGUAAAUGUUUAAUAUUGUCAUUUUUCUGUAAAGGGUGACAAGUCAUGUUUUCAAACAGGACAAAUAUUUAUUUUUAGCCGUUCGUGUGGCACGAGUUCAUCGAUACAACCGGAUUCUGGAGAGGAGAAUCUCCAACCACGCGAUAUGUCGAGAACACGAGUUACUCAGCGAAUUCUUGCACAUUGUAAAGACAAAUGUGAACGAACGGAAUAAGUACGCUCCAAUUAACGAAGACGCCUUCCCGUCGAAGAAACGAGCUGAUGAAUGUCGCCCGUUCCUAGCUAAAUUGAGGCGCCUUAUGACUCAGGAUGAACUGCUAGAACUAACUGAUGAUUUGGGGGAGAUCGACGCCUUGGUAGCCAAAAUAAGAGCCCUUAGGCAGUUCCAGAUGUCAGGAAUCACAGAGCUCAAAGGGCGGUAUAAACCCGACUUCACUCCAGGUCGACGGAGGAAAAAAGGGAGGAGGAGUGAUUACGAUACUAAAAAGUAUGUGUUUUAAUUGAUAGUAAUUUCUAAACAUGUCAUGUGUUACUUUAUAACAAAAGAAAUUGACAAUAUUCUAAAUUACAUUUCCAGAGCCGAACUUCGAUGGAAUCGCAUUAAAAAGUGGAAUAAACAGAACAAGUAG